GAAACGCGUAACGCUUGGCGGAGGUGAGCAUGGGCAGCAAGCGUGGGCGCGACGAGAGCACCGGCAAGUCGCGGCCGUACCCGUCCAUGAUGGCGGCCGCGCUACCGCACCGCCGCCACAAACCGCGAUCGCCGUCCGUUCUCUCGCCGCUCGAGGCUUUCCGCACUCCGCACGCCUCGAUUCAGCAAGUGUGGUGGGCCGCGUCGCAUCCCAAGCAAGAGCACCUUCUCUCGUCCUUGUACGCGCACAACCCGCGCAUGUUUAGCGUACCCGCGCUUGCUGCGCCGCUCGCCCACAUGAACCAAGACGAGAUCGAGGCGACCGAGGUUGCACUGGCAGCUGCUCACUGCCACCCGCUGACGCUACCGACGUCAUCGUCCGCUACUUUGUCGACAGUAUCCAACGGCUUUGCGCUUGUGCCGGCGCACCGACUCGCGCAGCUCGAGCGACUCGAGAAAACCCUUCAGCAACAGACCGCCACCACCUCGGCGCAGUGCGUGCAUCUCUUCCAGGACACAGCCCUUAGCGCUCGGCUGCCCGUCCCGUAUGUCGUCGUUGCCGUCCACGCCAUGUUGGACGCCUCCGUGCGCGAGAUCCAAGCAAAACGACAAGCGGCCAUGGAGACCAUUUACGUGCGGCCGGCAGCGCUUGGCCUGGCGCUCGCCAACACCACCAAGCACCUCCGGCUCUUCCACCUCCCAAAGACCGCAUUUGGCGACGCCCACAUUCGCCGCGCUGACCAAGCGCUCGCGGCCGAGCGCCGCACACAAGCGCAGCUUACAUCGCUCGAGGCGGAGGCGCACUUGCACCGGGAGCAGUGGCAUCUGGCGCGCGAAGACCAUUUGAGCACACUCCACGCCGCGUACAACGACGCGAUCGAGCGCAAAGCCGACUACAUUGCGUACGUCGACGCUGCACUCCGGUACAAACCACUCCUCGAAGACGAUUUCAACGCGACCAGCCGCCCCGGACGUCUCUACGCACAGCGACUCCGCGCUGCGACGCGUCGUGUCGAAGCCUUUUACAGCGUCUACGGACCCCGUCGCGUCGCCAGAAAGCACCGCGCGGCCGCGAUUUUCCAGGCACUUCGGCGCGGCCAAUGCGUCCGGCGCCGGUAUGUUCCGAUCCUGUGCUCGUACCACGUGGCCAUGCUGCGGCUGAUGCGACGCCUCGUGCGCGGCUGGCGCAGUGUCGCCGACCGCGCAUGCCGCGUCCGCCGUAUCAUGGCCGCCUUUUGCGCGUCGCUCCAAGAACGGACGUUCCACCAGUGGUACCGCCACGCAAUGACCUGCCGCGAUGCAAAAAACGCAAAGAUCAAAGCAAAGCUCGCGCGCUUCUGGAGCUCGGUACGCCGCACAGUCUUUGGUGCGUGGCGGCACUACACGUGGCAGCGCACGCGUGCUGAGCGGCUCUUUGCGGCUGCGGUCGUCCAAGCAAGAGGCUACUACUUUCGCGGAUGGCAACACGCGGUGCUAGACCGACGACGCGCUCGUUUAGAGCACCGUGCGUGCACGCGCCUUCAAGCCACGUGGCGGCGCGUCACGUCUGCCCGCCAAACGGCCCGUGUGAAACGCACCAAGGUGCAGGCGAUCCGCCGCCUCCAAGCCUUUGGCAAGAGUCUCGCCGUCCGGCGCAAUGUCCGAGCCGUCGCGUCGGCCGCGCGACAAGCCGCGAUCAAUGCCUACGUCGACUUUGCCGUCGCGCGCAACCGAGCGCUUCCGAUGGCCGCCGAGGUGCGGCGGCGACGCAUGGAGUCGGCGGCCAUCUUGCGCGGCCAAGAGCUUGCCGUGACCACGCACCAUGCGCUGGUGCAGACGAAGGAGGGCCAAAUGCGGCUGCAGCGGGAGGCCAAGGUCAAGCGCGCAAUGUCCAAAAUAUCGCUUUUCAAGUACACUCUGUCUGUACCGGACGCGCUCGACGCCGCGUCGCACGAGGCGGUCGUGGCGGCAGUUGCCGACGCGCGGUACGCAGCGCUACACGAAUUUCGACGCACGUAUCCGCCGCGCUUUGCCUGCGUCCACCCGCUCGACAUGGACGGGACGUUUCCCACCGACGACACGUUCUAUGAGCACAAGUGCCCCGGCGGCCUCUCGGUCAACAUGCGCAUGCUGAUCCUACUGCUUCAGAACGCAUCGCCGGCGAUGAAGGCGCGGUGGAUCACGACGUCGUCGUCGCCGGACGCAACGGCAGAGCUCUGGGCGCUCUACGAGGCGUCCGACCGCCUCCUUGCCACCUCGGACGCGACGCAUCGAUUGGUUGAAAAAGUGCUCGCGCUUCCGACACAGACGCUUUCAAAAGGCAGCGACGUGCUAAAUGCGCUGCUUACGCUGCGCAAGUGGUUUCUGGACAAGUCGGCGUCGGUCGAGGCCCUGGUCUCUGUCGCGUGGACGCUACGCUACGCCUCGCUCACUCUACUCUUUGACGUUGUGAAAGAAAAGAUCCCGCCACGCGACGUCGAAGCCAAGCUCGAGCGCCAGCGUCUCGUGCACGCAGACCAUUUUACGGCGGCCAACCAAUGUUGCUGGACGGCGUGGGGCGCCCAUGCCAAGCGCCAACUCUUUGCCCACCGUCAGCGCGAUGCGGCCCGCGCGUUGGCGCGAUGCGGUACCUUGGCACAGCAACGCGUGGCCGUGCUGCAUACCGCGCGCUUUCGCCUACGCCAAGUGACAGCGACAAGUCUCCUGCGGCUAUGGCGCCACCACGCCGACAAGAAGGUGGCGGCCCGUGCGGCGGCGACGCAAAUGCUCACGGCGCGCACCGCCCAUGUGCUGGCAACGUUUGCACCGACGCGGCGCAAGGCCAGUGCGGGCCUGCACCAUGCGCUUGUCCGCGCCCAUCGGCGCUUGGACGGCGGCAUCGAUAUGGCCGUUGCAGGCGUGCUGGCGCGGACGCUGCAUGGCGUCUUGCGCGCCGAUGACAUUGCACAAAAGCGUCGCGCCGCCUGCGCCGAGCUCCACGGCCUGGCCAGCCACGCCCGGCUGCUCUUGUCCGACUAG